AUGGGUCCCUUUCGGAUUGUCUAUGAGAAGGCGUGCCACCUCCCAGUUGAAAUUGAACAUAAGGCCUAUUGGGCGGUUAAGCAAUGCAACAUGGAUUUCACCAAGGCGGGUAUAGCCAGGAAAUUUCAACUAGAAGAACUCGAAUGUCUUAGGAUGGAGGCCUAUGAGAAUGUAUGGAUCUAUAAAGAGAAGACUAAGGCAUUUUAUGAUCAUCAUAUCCGCAAGAAAGAUUUCCAAGAGGGUGAUGAAGUUCUUCUAUAUAACUCAAGACUCAGAAUCAUGCCCGGAAAGCUCCAUUCAGGGUGGGAUGGUCCCUUUAAAGUGAAGGAAGUGGUGCUCAGAAGACGCGCAAGAGAAGCUAUAAAGAAGUGA